AUGGGCAUCAACGAAUGGAUUCACAACACCAACUUGGCCGUUGCGCGCUCCUUCGUGGGCAGACGGUUUCGUCUUGAUGGCUCCGGUCACCCCAAAGAACGCAAAGGAAGCUACUUCUUCACCGAGAUCCGUGCUGGUUUAGCUACUUUUUUCGCAAUGGCCUACAUCAUCUCAGUCAACGCCACUAUCGUCUCGCAAUCUGGUGGUACCUGUGUCUGCCCGCCUGACAGUCCCGAUUUGUGUGACAGCGACCCCGACUAUAUGCUCUGCGUCGCCGAUGUCCAACGGGACUUGGUCACUGCCACGGCCGCCAUCUCGGCCCUGACCACAUUCUGCAUGGGUCUCUUCGCAAACAUGCCCAUUGCUCUGGCUCCCGGCAUGGGCUUGAAUGCCUACUUUGCCUACACCGUGGUGGGUUACCACGGAUCCGGCCUUGUUCCGUACCAAGUAGCCGUCACCGCCGUCUUUGUCGAGGGUUUCGUUUUCGUCGGCCUCACUAUUCUUGGUCUACGACAAUGGCUUGCCCGAGCCAUCCCUGCAUCCAUCAAGUUGGCCACAGGUGUCGGCAUCGGUCUCUACCUGACUUUGAUCGGGCUGACCUACAGCGCUGGUAUCGGAGCUGUCACGGGCGCGCAAGCCACUCCUCUCGAACUCGCCGGUUGCAAGUCCGAAUUUCUCGACGAAACCGGCCUCUGCCCAUCCGCGUACAAAAUGCGCAACCCAACAAUGUGGAUUGGCAUUUUCUGCGGCGGUGUCUUCACGGUCUUGCUCAUGAUGUUCCGCGUCAAGGGAGCCAUUAUCUUCGGCAUUUUGCUCGUCAGCAUCAUCUCCUGGCCCCGCGGCACUCCCGUUACCUACUUCCCUUAUACCGAUCUGGGCAACGACAUGUUCGACUUUUUCAAAAAAGUCGUCACCUUCCACCCCAUCAAGAACAUCCUGACUGUUCAGGAAUGGGAUAUUUCCGGGUACGGAGGCCAAUUCGGUCUUGCAUUUAUCACUUUCCUCUACGUCGACAUCCUCGAUUGUACCGGUACUUUGUAUUCGAUGGCGCGAUUCUGCGGUGCCAUUGACGAGAAGACACAAGAUUUCGAGGGCUCUGCCGUUGCAUACCUGGUCGAUGCCUUUGGCAUUUCCAUCGGCGCGUUGUUCGGCACUCCGCCAGUGACGGCCUACAUUGAGUCCGGUGCCGGUAUUUCAGAAGGAGGCGCCACCGGUCUCACGGCCAUCACCACCGGUAUCUGCUUCUUUAUUUCUAUCUUCUUCGCCCCCAUUUUUGCCUCCAUCCCACCUUAUGCUACGGGAACGGUUCUCGUCAUCGUCGGCUCCCUCAUGGCCAAAGCCGCAGCAGAUAUCAACUGGCGAUACAUCGGCGAUGCGAUCCCGGCCUUCUUGACCAUCGCCAUCAUGCCAUUCACCUACAGUAUCGCCUAUGGUCUGAUCGCCGGCAUUAUUUCUUACAUGAUCCUCAACACGAUCGUGUGGCUUGUCGAAAAAGGCUCGGGUGGCCGCAUCAAGCCCGCCGACAAGGAAUACAAGGAUCACUGGACCUGGAAGAUCGAAGGCGGUCUUUUGCCUCCUUGGUUAGUCCGUGCUGCAAAGGGCAAGAAGGACUUCUGGCGCCCAUACGAUGAUGUUGAACAUAAUGUCCCCGGCACUACGCUCGAGGGCAAGGAAACUGUCCAGGCUGCUAAGGGGUCUGAGACUCCGGAGGCCGGUGCGCUAAGAGACGGCAGUACCAGCGAGGAAGGCGAGAAGGUCAAGGUGUAA